AUGUCAGGUGUUUCGGAAUCAAAUGUUCCUUCCCAAUCAUCUCAAGGAACCAAAAGAAAAUGGGUUCCAGAAGAACAUGCAGCAUUGGUUUCCUGCAUGGUGGACUUGCACAAUAUUGGAACAUUUAAAGCUGAUACGGGGUUCAAAGCCGGUUACUUAAACGAGUUGGAAAAAAUGUUAGAAAAGGCUUUACCUAAUGCAAUGUUGAAGGCUAGACCUAAUAUCGAGUCAAGGAUUAGGUUACUAAAAAGGGAUUGGUCAAUCGUGUAUGACAUGCUUAAUGGCCAAAACAACAGCGGUUUUGGUUGGGACGACCAUAGGCAGAUCGUUGUUGCUGAAGAUGCAGUUUGGGACUCUUAUUUAAAGAGUCAUAGAGAAGUCGGUCAGUUCAGACAUCGUAGUUUCCCUUACUACGACCAACUUACUGCCAUAUACGCAAAAGAUCGAGCGACUGGGAAAGACGCUCAAACAGCCGCUGACGUUCUUGAAGAAAUAAAUGCUGAGGAUGUACCUGCUACAGAUAUUAAUGAAGAAAGAAACGAAUACUAUGACUGUGAUGCUAAUGUCUCUUUGGAUGACAUGGAUAUUUCUGCUACAGAGCCGCAACCAGACAGAAACCAAGGGGGUUCAUCAUUUUCAAAGAGGAAAAAAAAAGAAUUCUGAUGCAAGUGGUCAUUUUUCUUCUUCAGUUAAUGAUGCUGCCACUUUAUUGGCUGAAAACAUGCGGGCAAUUGGUGAACAAAUCAGUAGGAGUAUUGCCUCCGAUGUGGUAGUUCACCAGGGCAUCCAAGAAAAAGCAGCAAAUUUAUAUCCAACCUUAUGUGAAAUAGAAGGUUUAACUGUGGAUGAACGGUUUCAAGCAUUGAGUAAAAUUCCAGAUCAUCCAACUCAAAUGAUAAUUUUCUUUAGUUUACCUUCUGAUGUACGGUUGGAAUGGGUCAGAAGAUUUCUUGCUGACCAUUAAAAUUUAUGGUUUUGUUGAUGACAUUUUCGUAACUUUUUCUGUUUGUAAUAUUUGGGAUGGUAUGUCAUAUACAAUGUUCUAACUUUUUGAUGUGGCAAAACUGUAUAACAUAUGGAUUGUGACAUAGAAUUUCAUGAAUC